CAAAUAGGAUUAUAUUACAUAAAUCGAAGAGCUACACUUAUUAUCGAAAAAGUCACCAAGGAAAAUGAAGGAAUAUAUUAUUGCCACGCUGAAAACGAAUUCGGAAAAUCGGUAUUGUCGUGCAGUUUAUGGGUUAUUGAAAGCACUAAAGGACAAGUUGAACCAAUGCUUCAAAUGCAUAAGCCAAUGAAAUACAUUACAUUGCAGACUGACGUUUCGUCAAAUGUUAGUGUUAAACAUAGCGAAGAAAAGUAUGAGCAUCGGAUCACAUUAUUACAUCCAGAGAUAUAUAUUCUGAAUUGCAAUUGCCUAACAUCAACAAGUCGUAUCUAUAAUGGUUCAUCGAUUAUUGCUCAAGAAGAGCAUCAAGGGACGUUUAUGGAAGAAAUGAAAUUGGUUGAAAUGAAGAUCCCUCACGAUGCGACUACUGUGUUGACUAUUAAUGCUGAAAAACCAGCAGUUAACUUUACACAUUUGGUGCGCAUAGUACAGCUUGAUGAAGCAAAAAUUGUUUUGCUUAGGCGGCAACAGCGUUUUCUUAGAUCUGAGGAAGUCAUGCAAACAGCUGAUAUUCAGCUUAUUGAGAUGCAACAAAAGGAUUCAAGAAUUGAAUCAACUGUUAAUAUAAAUAUAUUGGUUGCUAUAGAAAAUCCACAGAGAGUGGCAUUUUACGAAGUUUUAUGUGUAUAUAAUGAACGGAUAAUGCUGGAGCAAAAAAUUCAAACAAUUUCCUCACUUGAUAUUGCUCAAAUUCACAUGGCCAACGAGUCGGUUAGCACGAUACUCGCUGUAAAGGAUGAACAUAAAGCUCAUGAGAUAGCUAAUGUCGUUGCACGAAGACCUUUUGCUAGCUUUGAUCAUAAGGUCAUUGUUAUUGAGUCAGAAAUGAUCCGCAUCAGCGCUCACGUAGUAGCAUCUGCUGUUAAAUAUGAAAUCGCUGAUAUCGAAAGAAUAUUCCAAAAAACUACAGAAACAGCCGAAUGUCGGACAGAAAGAAUGUUUACUUCAAUUAAAUAUGCUUCAGCUGAUCAGAGGAUUGUUAUUCUUGAAGGCUUACAAACAUCCUUCGAUUCGAAUACGUGGAGUGUUAAACGAGUUCGACAUUUUUCAACUGCUACUUUUUAG